UAACGCACGCAUCGUUUGCGACAACUUUACGCAAGAAAGAUUGGUUAUGGUACACCGAUACCGCCAUGCAGACGACGGAAAAGAAAAAAAAACGCAAGUGAAUUCUUCGUGCCAUCAACAGAAGACAGCACAGUUUACGCUCACGAUUGGUCCAGAGCUGUCCUUGCCUAAAUUGCGUCGCAUAGUACAUCACGACGACUUGGUACGUCCUUCUGUUACAUGUUCCUUUUUCACUCGAGGGUCGAGAAGCUCGGGCAACAAUUACUCUAGGUUAGCUCUUCCCGUCUGCCGUAGCUCACAAUAGGCUCGUGACUUAUAACGACUACUAACGACGACUACGACUACAUCUGGUCGAGCCUACAGGAGGACGCGCAAAGAGAGACCUGCAUUGUACUACAGAGCUACACAACCCGAAAGCAUGAGGACCGCUCUGGCCGUCUUCCUUGUCUGCAUUGGCGUUGUGAGCGCGCGACGGGUGGACACAUGUAAGCUUCCAGCAGACAAGGGACGGUGCUUCGCGUAUUUCCGGCGAUUCUUCUACAAUGCCGCCACAGGCAAAUGUGAGAAGUUCAUCUAUGGAGGCUGUGGAGGCAACGCAAACAGAUUCAUCACCCUCGAGGAAUGCGAAGCUGCCUGCCCACCGCGAUGGGUGGACAUAUGUAAGCUUCCAGCAGACCAGGGACCGUGCAAGGCGCACGGCCCGCGAUUCUUCUACAAUGCCGUCACAGCCAAAUGCGAGAAGUUCAUCUAUGGGGGCUGCCUAGGCAACGCAAACAGAUUCAACACCCUCGAGGAAUGCGAAGCUGCCUGCCCGCAACGCGCAACCAGAGCCCAGAAGCCUUACCUAAAGAAGAGUUACAGGCAGGGCUUUGAACACGACAAGGGCCCUGACUUUGACGUGUUUUGUGGACAAGCGCCAAAAAUGGGGAACUGUCUGGCAGCUUUUGAGAGGUGGUUUUUCAACGUGAACAGUGGACGGUGUGAGACAUUCGUCUAUGGCGGGUGCGGAGGCAACGAGAACAGCUACAUGACAAAGGACGAGUGCGAGGCCUCAUGCUACCGUUAGUUGCCGCCCUCGUCAGGAAAAUGUCCCGUGCUCGAGUGAAUGCCCAAGUCCCUGUGACAUGGAAUUCAGCGAUUCCGGGAUUGGUUAGCCAUUGAUGGUCCACUAUAGAUACUGGCUGGCUGUUUGUGUUUGGCGUGUAAUAAAGGCUAUAAUGUUUCUUCGUA